AUGAUAUCAUCUUCCAUCAUCGCUAAACAGCGCAGAUGCCUGCGCCGUCAACUCCGUGAAGUAUUGUGGAAAAGCUGGCUCAAUUCCUAUUCACAAACGCCGCAAAAUGCAUUCUUUUCAAGCGCAGCUCGCCUCCAGGAGGAUCCACAAUUCGUCGUCGAAGAAAAGCCAGCAGUCUUGAAAACUGAAACGGAAACCAUUCCAAUUGAACCGAGUAUUGUGGUCCGCCGAGAGUCAAACCUUGAAGAGGGACGCAUAGUAGGAAGAAGGGGCCGACGUCAGCAGGUUGUGUCGAAGCGGAUAACACGGAACUCGCUUGAUAAACCAUCAUACGUCGUGGUCUUUCGCGAUGUCGAUGAAGACGAUAAGCCAAGUUAUUCGGCGCAGGUCCGCACCGCUGAACCAUCGACUACGGAUAAACCUGCCAGCGCCAACGAAGGACAGCAUAUCAUCACUUUGCCGUUGAAACCCACCGCCGAAGAGACCAACGCUUCGAUAGAUGCCCUCAGACCAGCGGCGGGUGCCACAAUCAUAGACAAAGCCGGGUAUAAGAGAUUGCUGCAGACCUUGUUGACGAGUUACAACACUGUGCAAUUACGCGACUACCUGAUUCACAGCUUUUCCCGACUGAACUCGUUUCCAAGUCACAUCUCAAGUCAGGAGACGGUGGACGACGAUAUCGAGAGCCAGAGUAUUGGACAAUGGCAGGCUGGACAGACCCCACUGGAGCAGCGACACAAGCCCAAGGUACUAAAGAAGGCCAAUGCCGCCCGGAAAAAGCGAUUUGCGGACAAUAUCUUGCGCUUUGCAUGGCAGGUCAUUGUCACGUCAGAGGAAUCUAAAGUUGGCGAGCUGGAAUUUGCAGUCAAACCUUGGCAGCUGCGGGUAUUGUUCGAUCUAGAGACCGAGGGCAAAGCAAGAUAUCGUUCGCUGCUCGCGUCUGAUAUUCUUGUGCAAAACUCAGAGAUUCGUCCAUAUCGUCCUGAUAAUAUUGUACGCGUCACAGCAAGGCGUCAGGAUGCGGAAGAUAUCGCACGGCGACUGAGGCGGGCCCUAUUCAGUGUCAAUCGGCUAGAAUUUGAUUUGAAGCCGUUUUCUUCCCUGCUGGGUCAACAUGGCUGGCCGACGCAGCUGGAUGCGCUUUAUCACAACAACGACCUCAAAUUCGUUUCUGACACAACUGGUGCCUUGAUCGAAAGAGAAGUAAACGAUGUGAUCGUGAUCUACUCUUUCGAUCUGUCUGCAGAAAAUGAUGCCCGACGACUUCUUCUUGCUCAUUUGAAGAAGCCUGUGCCGACAUCUUACAACCACAUCAUCGAUCUCAUUGAUCCGAGUCCCGAAUUCAUAAACGGCAAGCGUCGUGCUUCCGAGUUGAUAGCCAUGCCAUGUGACCCUGACAACGAUCAUCUAAACCGAAGUUAUCGUCACAGCAAUCUUGUACGGAUGGUGAAACCAUUGGCGAGGCGAGAGAGGGAUGCUUCCGACCCGCUCCGAACGAAACACGAUGUAACAACCGACUCGAAUGAUGUUUCUGCAUCCGAGACAUUCGCCGCGACCAUCGGACAAGCACUGCAGACAGUUCAGCCAUAUUCCCAGGGUACCAACAAUAUCAAAACCCAUGCCGAAUCCUACUGGGGCAAGUCAAUACGGCUCCGAUCGCAGAAUUGGCGUGCACAUCUUUGCAAACUCUUAAGACCUGUCGAAAAGAAGCGGGAUUCUCAAAGCCGGAAUCGGGCCGAAUCAUUGAUUCCCGUCUACGAAGCACCUGGAGUAGAACGCUUAAUUUCAUAUUUUGACGACCAUCAACAGCUUAUCAAGAAACGCUUGAUUCCUCGCCGCAAUUCACAUCAGGGCGGUCGUUACAUUAACAACAGAAUCGACUCACGCGUGCCGAACCUAGUCGCCUGCUUUGUACCAUCUCCUUUCACACACGAUGGCGGUGAGGUCCUGACGCGACUACCCACGAUCGAGCUCCGCUUCCGAGUAGCUGAUCCAUCGGAAACCGUUGAACGAGGAAGCCGAUACGCGCGAGAAGACCUACAGCUCUACGGCGUCCGUGCUGUGCUGGACCAGCAAUUAGUGGCAGUCCCAUUGCCCGACAAGACCGUGGAUGUGUUGUUUUCACGACCAACGUUGAUGUUCGCAGACCGCCGAGCAAUAUUGGAGAAUAGCGACAUAGCACUGUUCAUACGCAAACUUCGAGAAAUGUUCCUCGCUGGUGGUGCUCUAUCAGCAACACCCGAGCUAUCGUUUCUGCUUCCACAGUGGCUAGUCAAGGGUGAAAAGCCUUCUGCAGACUCCGCACAGCAGCCUGACGUGCCUGUCCAGUACCUGUUUGACCGCUUUGAGCAAAUUCAAGCGUUCAACUUGGAACCGAUUCAGUCCCGAGGCUUGCUAAAGCAGUUGGACUUCGAGGACCGCGAUGUUAUUGAAAACAUUCCAAAAGAGUGUCAUCUGGAAUUCCGCCAGGUGGAAGGCAGUAUCAUCCACGGCAAAGAGACGUCCCUCAACGUUCGC